CUCUUCUUUGGCUUCGUUUGAGAGAAAACGUUCGAUGCAAACCGGUCGCGUCUUUAUCCUCAAUCUCAUCAUCAUCCUCGAAACUUGCAACACACAAAAUCCAAGUAUAAAGGUUGCAACUUUCAAUCUCUUCUCUCUCUCUUUCUAAAAUAUCUUCUGAUUCAAAACGCAUUUUGGUGGGCUGAGAAAGGAUCAAAAAGAUGGAUCACGCAGCAGAUGCUCACCGUACGGAUUUGAUGACCAUUACCAGAUUCGUGUUGAAUGAACAAUCAAAGUAUCCUGAAUCUCGUGGGGAUUUCACUAUUUUGCUUAGCCACAUCGUUCUGGGAUGCAAAUUCGUUUGCAGUGCUGUUAAUAAGGCUGGUUUGGCUAAGCUUAUUGGACUUGCAGGGGAAACUAACAUUCAGGGUGAAGAGCAAAAGAAACUUGAUGUGCUCUCCAAUGAUGUCUUUGUCAAUGCUUUGAUUAGCAGUGGCAGAACUUCUGUUCUUGUCUCGGAAGAAGAUGAGGAAGCUACGUUUGUGGAACCAUCCCACCGUGGAAAGUACUGUGUUGUUUUUGAUCCGCUUGAUGGAUCCUCGAACAUCGACUGUGGUGUUUCCAUUGGAACAAUUUUUGGAAUUUACACGUUGGACCACACUGAUGAGCCAACCACUGAAGAUGUUCUGAAACCUGGGAAUGAAAUGGUGGCAGCUGGUUAUUGUAUGUACGGAAGCUCUUGCAUGCUUGUGUUGAGCACUGGAACGGGUGUCCACGGAUUUACCCUGGACCCAUCUCUCGGAGAGUUCAUACUAACUCACCCUGACAUUAAGAUUCCAAAGAAGGGGAACAUUUAUUCAGUGAAUGAAGGCAAUGCGCAGAACUGGGAUGGUCCAACUACAAAGUAUGUAGAGAAAUGCAAGUUUCCUAAAGAUGGUUCACCCGCCAAGUCUUUGAGAUAUGUCGGAAGUAUGGUAGCCGAUGUUCAUCGCACACUACUUUAUGGAGGAAUCUUCUUGUACCCGGCUGACAAGAAAAGCCCCACUGGGAAAUUGCGUGUCUUGUAUGAAGUCUUCCCGAUGUCGUUUUUGAUGGAGCAAGCCGGAGGUCAGGCCUUUACGGGACAGAAAAGGGCUCUAGACCUUGUCCCAGAGAAGAUCCAUGAGCGUUCUCCGAUAUUUCUUGGUAGCUACGAUGAUGUAGAGGAGAUUAAGGCUCUGUAUGCUGAGGAUGAAAAGAAGAACUAAGCUUCCCGUUCUUCUUUUACUCUCUCACUCUCUGUUUCUGUCUCUCUUCUUUCUAUAAAAUCUUCUCCUGAUGAGACAAACAACAUGACUCAUUUACAAAAGGAAGACCUUUCUCUGCCCUAAUGCACAUAAUAGUUCUCUUUCUUUUCAAUCUUUAAUAUAUCUUCAGGUCGCAACAUCCAUUGUUUGAUCA